CCUUGAAAUCAGUAUGGAAGCCAACUUUGACGAUCCUACGGAUUUCCGUUUGGUGCAACUUCAGACCUUGGACGAAAAUCUAAGGUGUCCGAUCUGCAAAGAGUUAUUCAAAACCACCAUGAUCCUGUCUACUUGUUCUCAUUCUUUCUGUGCGCUGUGCAUCCGUCGAAGUCUUUCCUCCGAGGCGUGCUGCCCAAAAUGUCGCAAACCAGCUCACGAAUCCAAUCUACAUAAUAACUACGAUCUAGAUAAUACCGUAAAUACGUGGCGCUCGUCAAGGGAGCUGUUAUUAGCUUUGGAUCAACAACACAGUCAUGCCAAGUCAACUCCCUUGUCAUCUCCUGCGAUCGUCACUUCCGUCUCCAAUACAGAAAUCACUAACGCACAAGCCAACGACACCAAUGUAUUUCAGUCCACCCCUCACCGACGGUCGUCACGUCUUGAAAAGAAGAAAUCCUCCCUCUCACCCUCCGUUACAACCCCAGUCAUUACUGCGCCACCAAUAGAAUAUGUACCUUCUCCAACGGCAUCAGCACCGGCUUCAGCUCAGCCGACGGCACCGAUCCAGCCAACAGCAUCGACUCAUUCAAUUCCAGCAAAACUGACAGAGGAAUCAUUGGUAACGUGUCCGAUAUGUCAGCAACGCAUGAAAAUGGCCGUAUUGAAUGUGCACUUGGAUCGAUGCAUGCAAGGCGACAGCCGUAUACCGCCCGAUCCAAAACCAUCCAGAGCGAGUCCUUCCUCCUUAACCCAUCCGUCAGCGUCUUCAGCACCGUCCGUUUACUUUUCUUCCAUGUCAUCUUCUCAUUCUUCACCGGUCUCAACUCCUUUUGCCCAUUCAAGAACCAUAAAUCUAGGUAAAAAGCCUACCAAACUUGUCUAUGACAUGCAAAAGGAAAAGGAUAUGCGAAGAAUACUCAAGAUCAGGACCUGGGGUUACCGGAUCAUGGAGAUAAACAUCAGAUGGUUUGGCGUCACAAAGAAUACGUCAUGUUAUAUAACGCCAAUCGUGAUUCCCCUCAUCCAGUGGAUAUCGGUACGCUGAUACGACAGCUAAACCAGGCCGAACUCGCGUACGUGCAAUUACGGCAGUCUGGAGGCAAGCGGUCUACUCCUGUUAUCGAAGAACACAGCGCCAAAUACACUGAUGACUACGCAAGGCUGAUCGAAGAAGUACGACAACGGAAAAAACAAAGACAACAACUACAGUCCAAGUCAGACGAAGCAGCCAGUGCGGCUGCAUCGGACAUUCCAAAUGACGCGGAAACGUAGAGAGGGCUGGACCCUUGGCCAGUCCAAUGACAAGUCAUGUCAGCGACUUGUGGCUGGUGUGAAAAAGGACCCACGUUUUGCAUGGGCGAAAAACGCAAAAAAGCAUCAUAACUGUAAUACAACGAUUUCAUACAUCUUU